CCCCCCCCAAGAAUUACUUAUUGUGUGUUCAAGGAUAGUGUUUUUGUAGUUGUCCUCCUUAAUUUGAAGGUUGUAAUUUUUAGCGAACUAGACGUGUAACUGUACGGAAUCCAGUUAUGCCCAGUAUUGUUACAGAUGUAUUAUUUAUAAAAUGGCAUUGUCACAUCAGGAAGUACUGAACCUGUAUCGCAGAAUAUUCAAAAUAGCAAGGACUUGGCAGUCACAGUCUGGAACGCUAGAACAAACUACCAAAGAACGACAAUAUAUUAUUGAUGAAGCCAGAGCAUUAUUCCGAAAAAAUAAAUGUUUAACAGAUCCAGAAACUAUUAAGGCCUGUGUGGAAGAGUGUAAAGCAAGGAUAGAGAUCGGGCUUCAUUAUCAAAUACCCUACCCAAGACCAAUUCAUUUACCUCCCAUGGGCCUUGCAACACAGAAAGGACGUAGACUUCGAGCCCAAGAGAGACUGAGGGCACAUGCAAUGCCAGUGUACUUGAAGUCCCAUGAUGAAGUUUCUUGAUACCUUAUAAGCAAGAUCAUUGCAUUAAAUACAGCUCUCCAAUGCAUGUCAUAAUUUUAUUUUCAUUGCUAUGUGGUAAUUUCAUCACUUUUCCUUAGUACUUCUUGGCACCAGUAAUUUUCUUUCUACAGUCCUGCAUUAGAAAAUGUUGCACUGUAGAAUAAAUAAUGUGAUGGAAGUUGGCUGUAUCUGCUAGUAUUUAUAGAGUACAAUAAUUCCUUGGCAGACAAUUGUAAUGGAUAAUUGUGUAUUGGUUGACUUGCUUUACUUUGAAGAGCCAGUCAAUUGUGUGACAAAGAACUAAUCUUAACACAUGAGGCAAGCAUGCAUUUCUUCUUCCCUUUGACCUACAUGAAGUUGUCAAAAUGUCCCAGCAACCAACAUAGUUUUUAAUUGCUACAGCAACAGAUUUUUGUUUCUUGUGGAAACAUUCAUAUUUUAUUAAAUGGAUUUGAUAACUUA